AUGCCGCUGCUCCCGGCCACACGGACGCGCCGAGGGGCAGCCCUGGCCUUUGCGCCGGGUCUUCCCCUCCGUGGUCGCGCGCUCUUCUGCAGAAGCAGAGAGGAAGCUGCGGCCGGCGCGGGGGUGGGCAGCAGCCGGGCAGGGGGCUGCGGGUGCUCCGUGCGGCACACGGUGAUGUGUGAGCCCUCGGCUGCUCCUGGGGCCCAGGACCGCUCGCGGGAGCUGGGAGCACCCGGGACUCCCAGCAGUUCCCGGGAGGGGACCUGCCCUCACCACCCUGGCGGUGCCCACGGCCGGGGCAGGCCAGUGGGUCCCCAGUGCACCCCAGCCUGGGAAGUACCCACGAUGCUGGUGCUGGUGGGGCUGGUGCUGUGCCUCGCUCCUGCGGACGCCCUGACUGCCUUCCCCCCAAAGUUUCAGGUGGGGAAACUGAACGGGGAUGUGGUGGUGAAAUGCAACACCUCGGAGCAGCAAGUGACCUGGACGCAGAACGGGGAGCUGGAGCCCAUGGCCGAGCUUGUGGCUGAGGGACAGACUCUCACCAUCCUUGGCUUGGACCUGCCGGCCGCGGGCAACUACAGCUGCUGGGCCGGCACCGUCCUGCUGGACACCACCUACGUGGUGGUCAGCGGCACCUGCAAGGAGGGGAUGAACGUCUCCUGCCAGGCUGCGUCCUACCGCGGUUCCUUCCACUGCUCCUGGACCGGCCCCGACUCUGCCGUCUUCCGCGCCCGCCUCACACGCAGGUGGGUGCCCCCGGGACCCCCUCAGCCCGGCUCCAGCCCCGUGGCCGCCCAGCCCUCACGCCUGCCUCCCCCCAGCAGCGACGGCUCCUUGGGCGAGUGGGUGCCAGUCGCCAGCCACCACAGCCAGUUCAGCGCCAACUUCACGGACCCUUCCUUCUGCCCGUUCGCCGAGGAGCUGCACCCGCUGCAGCUGCAGCUGGAGGGGCUCUCGGACAACUCCUACCUCAACUUCUCCACUCACGGCGAGGGCAGCAGCUCCACCUGGCCUGGGCCCCCCCGGCCUCCUGGCCGCUCCCCAAGUCCUACUUCGCCCUGCUCUACCGGCUGCAGUACGAGUUCCACAACGGCACCCAGGUGCCCGGACGGGCCCCUGCCCCACGGCGGGUCACAGGCCUGUGCAAGGCCCUCGCUGCCCCACAGCUCGCUGCGGGGCCCCGGCUCCCUGCCGGCGCAGGGUUCGGCCCGUGGGGUCCUUACGUACGGCUGA